AUGGAAGGUGGGGAGGGCCAGUACUGUCAGGCGGGGGUCGCGCUAGAAGGUGGGGAGGGCCAGUGCUGUCAGGCGGGGGUCGCGCUAGAAGGUGGGGAGGGCCAGUGCUGUCAGGCGGUGGUCGCGCUGGAAGGUGGGGAGGGCCAGUGCUGUCAGGCGGGGGUCGCGCUGGAAGGUGGGGAGGGCCAGUGCUGUCAGGCGGGGGUCGCGCUGGAAGGUGGGAAGGGCCAGUGCUGUCAGGCGGGGGUCGCGCUGGAAGGUGGGGAGGGCCAGUGCUGUCAGGCGGGGGUCGCGCUGGAAGGUGGGGAGGGCCAGUGCUGUCAGACGGGGGUCGCGCUGGAAGGUGGGGAGGGCCAGUGCUGUCUGGCGGGGGUCGCGCUGGAAGGUGGGGAGGGCCAGUGCUGUCAGGCGGGGGUCGCGCUGGAAGGUGGGGAGGGCCAGUGCUGUCAGGCGGGGGUCGCGCUAGAAGGUGGGGAGGGCCAGUGCUGUCAGGCGGGGGUCGCGCUAGAAUGUGGGGAGGGCCAGUGCUGUCAGAUGGGGGUCGCGCUGGAAGGUGGGGAGGGCUAG